UUGGGCCUCGGGCGGCCCGCGGGAUAGAAGACAGCUAGCCGCCGCCCGGCUGCUCUUAGAUGGAGCAAGCGGAGCCCGCGCGGCGCGGGCAGCAGUAAGCGGCGAAGCAGCGGGACCUCACAGACUCGCCAUGGAGGAGGAGAGUAUGAAGGAGCGGAGCGAGAAGCCUCGUGGAGCACGGACUGCGGACAAGGCUGGCUGGAUCAAGAAGAGCAGUGGGGGGCUUCUGGGUUUAUGGAAAGACCGCUACCUGCUCCUCUGCCAAGCCCAGCUGCUGGUCUACGAGAACGAGGAUGAGCAGAAAUGUGUAGAGACGGUGGAACUUGGAAGCUAUGAGAAGUGCCAGGACCUCCGUGCUGUCCUCAAGCGGAAACACCGCUUUAUCCUGCUGCGAUCCCCAGGGAACAAGGUCAGUGACAUCAAAUUCCAGGCCCCCAGUGGGGAGGAAAAGGAAUCCUGGAUCAAAGCCCUCAAUGAAGGGAUCAACAGAGGCAAGAACCAGGCUUUUGAUGAGGUAAAAGUAGACAAGACCUGUGCCCUAGAGCAUGUGACACGGAACCGGGUGCGUGGGGGCCAGCGGCGCCGGCCACCAACGAGAAUCCACUUAAAGGAGGUAGCCAGUGCGGCUUCUGAUGGGUUUUCGCGCCUGGACCUCGAUGUCCCGGACAGUGGACCACCCGUGUUUGCUCCCAUCAGUGAAGUCAAUGAAGACCAGCCCCAGGAGCCACCUCGGGCUCUCAUGCCUCGGGCUCUCAUGCCUCCUGUCAAGCCUUCCCCGGUCCCAGAGGCUUCCAACCCUGAUGUCAACACGGAGACUUCCGCAGAAGAGAGGGCCCCAAGCCCUGUGUCAGCAAGCUCUGAGGCCAACCCUGAGAGCCGAAAGGAUGCAGGGGCCCCAGCGGAGGAGGACAGUGAUUGCAAGAGGCUCCCUAACAGCACCUUGUCUGAGAAACUGAAGGUGAGCUGGGAGAACCCCAGCCCAGAGGAGCCUCCUGCUGCUGAGGACGCACAGUUGCCCAUGCCGCCGUCUUCCAAAACUCCAGAGGCCGCCCCCCAGGAGAGCAAAAAGCCCCCUGCACCCCCUCCCAAGAUCCUGUCAGAGAAGAUGAAGGCCUGUAUUAGUGGGGUAGAUGCUUCUGGUCCAUCCCAGAGUCCCGAGGCCCCUGAGACCACUGCCGCAGGCCCAACACAAGUAUCUGUGAAUGGCGUGGAUGACGGCACUGAGUCUGCUAUACCAUCCCAGGCCGUGAGCACCCCUAGGACUGUCCCAGAGGAUACAGCAGCAUCCCCAGCGCCACCCUGCUGGGACUUGCCAUCCCAGUUUCAUCCACGUUCCUCCUCCCUUGGGGACCUGCUCAGAGAAAGCCCUCAACGCCCACAGCUGCCCAAGGAAAAGUUGUAUCGAGCCCAGCUGGAAGUGAAGGUGGCCUCGAAAAAGACAGAGAAACUGUUGAACCAGGUGCUGGGCAGCGAACCACCGCCUGGGUGUGCGGAGUCGUUGCUCAGCCAGGCUGUAGAGCAGCUAAGGCAAGCCACCCAGGUCCUGCAGGAAAUGAGGGAUUUGGGAGACCUGAACCAAGAAACCCCUGGGCUAGGGAAGAAACGGAAGGAGCUGGUGACCCUCUACAGGAGAAGCGCGCCCUAGGCUUCCCAAGCCCGAGGCCCAAACUCACCUACCCCCAACUACCCUCAUCUGUCACUCACUGUCCAACCUUGCCAGGAAA